AUGCAAUAUGCAAGACCUGUGCUUUUCGAUGUUUGGACCUCUGGUAAAUUAUCACUCUACGGUCAUGGACUGACCUGGCUCCUCGGGGACAAAACGAGACUGGAGAAACCACUGGAUGCUACUGAAAUAACCCGUGCCAUAGCUACUGACAACCAGCAGUGCAGAGAAAGGCUUACACGGUCUGAUCAGGACACAGAUAGCGUGAAGGCCUGCAGGGAAAGGCGUACGAGGUCUGAUCUUGUCACAGAUAGCGUGGAGGUCGAACUAGUCAAUGAAUUAAAUCUUAUUCGAAUCAUUCAAGAACUUCUGAAAAAGACUCAAGCCAUCAACCAAAUAAGGGGAGAUACUGCCAUCCUGACCCUCAGAAGACAUGUUUUGUAUCAAACAGAGAAGCCAAACAGACCCUUAGAGCUGGACUGGUCUGAUAAAUAUGAAGCUUACAACAUCAAUGACAAAUGUGGCCAUUACCACAACCAAAAUGCUCUUGUCUGUCCCUCCAGGCUGGUGGGUGAAGUUGGUGAGAUCACAGAGUCCAUUGAAUCUCUGCAGCGCAAGUUUGAGGAAGCCAAGCAGUCUCUGAGUAACAUGGAGGACACCCACAUGAUGCUGGAGAAGGAAGUCGCCAACAAAGCACACAGCCUCUUCACUGACCGAGAGAAAUGCAUGAGCCAUCGCAUGUGCUACCCAACCCUCAUCCGACUGACCAAAUAUUAAUACUGAAAUAAACAGCGUGGACGACAGAACAAAACAGAGAAAGGAAAUUAACAAAGACACUUUAAAUCUCAAUCUUUUUUUUAUUAUUAUAUCAGAAUAAGAAAAUAAGUCACAUUUGAGCUAAGGUAUCUUUAUUAGAUACUCCUACUCAGGCACAUUUACCUCUGCAGUGUUGGUUUCGAA